AUGCAAGAGCUUAUCGCUGUUCGUGUGAAGGAUGGAAUUUUCGUGGGAAAUGUGACUGCUUCACAAGACCGUGAGUUCAUUGCGCUAAACAAAAUCACCCAUAUUAUUAACUGUGCUGGAGGUGAACUUCCAGAUCUUUUUGAAGGUGAUGGAGUAAAAUACCUUUCUUUUCCCUGGAAGGAUACCAAAGGAACAGUCUGUACCGCCGUGAUGUUUGAUAGCGCUGAUGAAAAUAUUAAACGAACGGUAAAGUUUAUUGAUGAAGCUUUGUCAACUGGAGAUUGUGUGCUAGUACAUAGUCAAAAUGGUUUGUCACGUAGUCCAGCGCUUAUAGCGGCAUACUUUAUCGUAAAAUAUGGUUGGAAACUUGACAGUGCUCUUUCUUUCCUUGAAAUGGCGCAUAAGGAUAUGUCAAUUAAACCACAUUUCUUACGACAACUACGUAUGUUUGCAAAGCGUAACGCUGUAGACCAUGAUGUUUUUGAUGUCGAUGUGGAUGAUUCACAGUUUGGUCUUGAUAAUGAUCAAUGGGUACUUCGCAAUACAUUGCUUAACGGCCUUACCUUUGAUGUACAACGCCAGAAUGAAUUAUACAAGUUAUGUACAGGUAAAGUUGACGUGGGACAACCAGUGAAACCUAUUGAAUCUUCUCGUAUUACAACACAAAGUAAGAAAAACAAGCGAAUUGUAUUCAUAGACACAAAACAAGGAACACAUGUGCAUUCUGAAACUGAAGCACCUGUUAUUUUUGUACAACCAUUGCAUCAAUUAGAUGCAAAUAAUCAUUUUCUCGGUUAUCAUGGUUCUAUGGCUUUACGCGCUAGACGACGUCGGAAUGGUAUUAUGAGUCGAAGUGUUACACCAUGUGGACGUCGUCCAGAAUCUGAUCCACGUACAAAUCCACGAGGACGACAAGAACUUACCAUUCGAUCCGAUACAAAAGGAGGACGCAGUGCUUCCAUAACAGAUGGGGUAACUUCUUCACAAGCAGCAAGAACAGCAAGUGGACACUCCACCUUAGAUGGUGGAAGUCAUGCUGGAGCUGAAUAUCAUCGUCAUCUCGCGCCACCUAACACGGUUCACGCCCCUGGAAGAUCCCCAUUUGCAGCACUUACAUCCAGUCAUAAGUACCGUAAAGGUUCUCCUCUUCCUGCUCCCACGCAUGAUAAGAAACCAUCCAGUGUUCCAAAACGGCCAGCUUCUGCUUCUAUGGCAGAAACAGGUACGGUAAGAACAAGAGUUCCAUCUAAUCCAGGACCUUCGAGGAAUUCCCGAAGUUCAGUUAUUCGUACUAGUAGUCCAAAUACAAUCGGAAAUCAGAUAUCUACUUCUCCUAGUUCUUCAAGUCGUAUUUCGAGCUACAGGAAUAUUGCUCCUCAUCGAUCUCAAUUAAGCAGUAGUGUUUUACCAGCAUGGGAAUCUAACAAGUCGGGAGCAUCACCAUCCGUAGUACAGCGUUCUUCAAUACGCGGAAGUCCACGAAGUUCGCGUCCCAGCUCUCCAGUAGGCCAACCAUUGUCAUCAUCAGGACGAUCCCCUCAAGUUAGUAGCAGUGUUUAUGAAUCGUGUAAUGGCCGAAGUACCAAUGGAGGAGGAAUUGAUAAAAAAGGAGGAAGUAAUGGGGUACUACGUCGUCAACCACCAACAAUUAUAACAUCUAGCAGACGCGUGUAG